AUGGCGGAGGAUGGACGAAUUCCGCUCUAUGACGAGACAUGGGAUCGCCAUGUUAAUGCCCAAUGGAGCAGUCGCUUCGAGCAGCGUGAGCCACCAACCGAGGACGAAAUCCUCCAGCCCGCCGCGCUAAACUGGCGUCUGGCCAGGUGGGCACUUCUGUUGUCCCAAUACGACAUCCAUUUCAUGCCACAAAAGUCAGUCAAGGGACAGGCCAUCUGCGAUCUUAUGGCUAGUCACCCACUGGGAGCGAAAGCAGACCUAUUUGAAGAUUUGCCUGAUGAACCGCCUGAAGCCAAUGUAACUUCAUCAUCAGAGGUUUGGCAAAUGUUCUUUGAUGGCGUGUCUCGCACAGGCCCGAGCGGCUCUAUUGUUGCAGGAGUGGGGGUGGUCUUCACUUCUCCACAUAACUACGUGCUGCCCCGAGCCUUCUCGUUAACUGAGCCCUGCACCAACAACGUGGUUGAGUACAAUGCAUUACUCAUCGGGUUCGAAUUAGCGAAAGAAUUAGGGAUAAAGCGCCUCGAGGCGUAUGGCGACUCUCAGCUUAUCGUCAAGCAAGUGACCGGUGAGUACGAGGUUCGAAAUGACGAUCUAAUCCCACUUCACAGAGCGGCAAUCAAGCUGAUGGGGUCAUUCGAAAGCUUCCACAUCGAACAUGUGCUACGUUCCAAGAACACUCAUACGGACACCCUUGCCUCCUUGGCAGCCAACAUGGCCCAACCGCUGGGGACAUCCCAAUGGGUCACUGUGGCAAGCCGGAGCUCUUUCGACCGAAAGAUGUCCUAG